AUGGAGUUGGGGGUGUGGGUCACAUGGAAUGUGAGGGGAUUAUGUGGCUCAGGGAAGAGGAGGGUGGUGAAGCAUGCAGUGUCUAAACUAAAGCCAACGGUGCUGCUGUUUCAGGAAACAAAGCUUGAUGCUCAGAGACAACACAAUUUGGAGGAUAUGGCCAAGACCUUACAUAUGGGUCUUGUGACCGUACCAGCAUCAGGGACAUCAGGAGGGUUAGCAACAUUGUGGAGAUUAGGUUCCUUGGAGGUUGUGGGGUUGAGGUGUGAGAGCAGGUACAUACUUUUAUUUGUUAAGUACCCAGGUAUAGCUGAAAUUUUGUUGGUGGGGAAUAUAUACGGGGCUCAUACAGGGGAAAAUCGAAGACUGAUGUAUGCAGAAUUGUUGGAGGCAAUGCGAGGUCAUAUUGGGGGUAUGAUUCUAGGGGGUGACUAUAACACAAUUUUAAAGGAUGGGGAGAGGAAAAAUGAGGCAGGAUUGGGAGUGGGGGAUCGUGAGUUUAAGGAGUUUGUGGGUGAGGCAGGACUGCUGGAUUUCCCUCUUCAUAAUUCACAAUUCACUUGGUUCUCCUCGCGCAACAAUGGCAUCUGGAGCAGACUGGACAGAUGGUUUGUAUCGGAGGAUUUAAUGAUGCUAUGUACUAAUGUCACACAGACAGUGUUGGAUUGGAGCUGCUCUGAUCAUCGUGCGGUCUCAAUCUCUUUUGGGUCAAAAGAUUUUGGACCAAAGCCAUUUUAUUAUUUCAAUCACUGGGUAUUGGAGGAUGGUUUCCAGGAGCUUGUGCGGGACUGGUGGGAUUCAGCUAUAGUUGAGGGCUGGUCUGGCUUUGUAUUACAGUCCAAGUUAAAGGGACUAAGGGUGAAAAUUAGAGAGUGGAGAAAAAAGAAAGGUUCCUGGGGUGUGGAGAAAAUAAAGAUUUUAGAGGAAUCAUUGAAUGACAUUAUGCAACGGAUGGAAAAUGAGGGAGUGUCUGAGAACUUGAGGAGAGACAGGUUGGUUAUUUUAGAGGAUUUAUGGAAGGAAUAUCGAGUGGAAGAACGAACUUGGCUUGCUAAAUCAAGGCUGCGUUGGAUGAAAGAGGGAGACCGAAAAUCUCGUUAUUUCCAUAAGGUAUGCAAAGUCAAGAUGGCUAAGAAGAACUUGAGUCAGUUGGAGUUUGGAGGCAGAGUGCUGGAGGAUCCUAAUGAGAUAAAGGAAGCUAUUAAACAGCAUUUUCAGACUUUCUUUCAACAAGAGGCGUGUGCAAGACCAGUUCUCCGUAGCCCGGGAGUUAGUGGGAUUGGAGGGGUGUUGCAUAAUUCAAAUGGCAACAUUUUGGCUUAUUUCUCCAUGUCAACUGGUAUUUUGUGGGCUUAUGAGGCGGAGGUUCUUAUUGAAAGUGAUUCUACGUUAGCAAUAGGGUGGACUUUAAAUAGUCAUAGGAGACCAUGGAAGUUACAACAGAUUUUUAAUCAGAUUGAUUAUCUGUGGGAAUUGGUAUCUUGUGUGGGAAUACAACACAUUCUAAGGGAGGGUAAUGGAGUAGCUGAUUUUUGGGCUAAACAAGGAUGUGGCAGAUCUGAUGUAAUUUGGUCUUUCACUGAGACCAAUUUUUAG